GCUACAACGCGAGUACGAAGAAUACUUAGUAAACACGAAGGGAAGCACCACGCGCCACCGCCCUUCUCCGAGUCGCUUUUUCGCUAUGUUAAAGUCGCUGCUGCCUUCUCUUACUUCCCGCUGUUCUCUCAGUCUCACCCCCUUCCUCUACUUACACCCCUCCACGCGCCGCCGCCUCCUCCCUCGCCAUUCCCCGCCACACCUCUCACCAGGCGUCACUUCACUCCGGGCCUCAUCUUCCUUCUCUCACGAUCUUCAUCGGAUGGAGUCUGAGAGUUAUACCUUCGGCCCGUACAAAAUCAGCGCCAAGGAAGUGUUCUACUCUACUCAGCUUUCGUAUGCUUUGGUCAAUCUACGGCCUGUUGUUCCCGGUCAUGUGCUUGUCUGCCCGCGACGUGAUGUCAAGCGCUUCAUUGAUCUUACUGCUGAUGAAACAAGUGAUCUGUGGCUUACGGCUCAGAAGAUCGGUCACCAGCUAGAGUCCUAUCACAAUGCAUCUUCGCUCACAUUCACAAUCCAAGAUGGGCCACAGGCUGGACAGACUGUUUCACAUGUCCACAUCCACAUACUCCCACGCAAAAGUGGUGAUUUCGAGAACAACGAUGAAAUUUACGAAGCUAUUGAUUCGAAGGAAAAGGAACUGAAGCAGAAGCUCGAUCUUGACAAAGAGAGGAAGGACAGAAGCAUGGAGGAGAUGGCUCAAGAGGCGGCCGAAUACAGGAAGCUUUUUUUGUAGAAAAACGGUACGGGAGUCGUUGUACUUGCAUUGUGCUUAUGAAUUGCCCGGUCUCUCUGGAUUAUUUGGUGUUGUUUGUGAUCAAGAGCCCUUUUUUAUGAAUCAAUGGCACAAUUCCUCAGAUCUUGUAUCCAGAAUAGCUGUUCCUGUUAUUUGUUUGGCUCUUGCUUGACAAUUCAGUAUCGUGUCGUUCAUUAUUGAAUUCUCAUUUCAAAUUAAUGUUUCAUUUUAUAUGGGAUAAUAAUUACACUUUCUUUC